CUCUCGCCCCCCCCACCAGGCGGCCAACGGCGGGGGCGCAUUCAGCGACUACUCUUCUUCCGUCCCCUCCACCCCCAGCAUAGGUCAGCGGGGAGAUGCGCAUUGAGACCAUCGCCUCUUCCAACACGCCCACGCCCGUCCGCAAGCAGUGGAAGCGCCGCUCCAACAUUUUCACAUCACGGAAAGCCAGUGAACAAGCAAAGAGCGUUGAGAGUAAAACAGACAGCAUAGGCAGUGGGAGGGCCAUACCUAUCAAACAGGGAAUCCUCCUGAAGCGAAGUGGCAAAUCCCUCAACAAGGAGUGGAAGAAGAAAUACGUCACGCUGUGUGAUAACGGCGUCCUCACUUACCACCCCAGUUUACAUGACUACAUGCAGAACGUGCACGGCAAGGAGAUCGACUUGCUGAGGACCACGGUGAAGGUUCCCGGGAAGCGACCGCCCAGGGCCGUGGCCACCGUCGCCCCCACCGCCAGUCCCAAAAGCAACGGGCUGACCAAGGACCGCAGCGCCCUGCAGCUGGGCGUCGGGAGCACAGGUGCCCCCCACUCCAACAGCAGCUCCUCCCUCCAGACGGGCGCGUCCUUGUUCGGCGGCGGCAAAGACGGCAGCAUGCACCAACGCUCCUUCUCCGUGUCCAGCGCCGACCAGUGGAACGAAGCCAUCAACACCAGCACGAGCAGCGCGGCCCCCAACGGGACGAGUGAUCCUUCGGGUUCCUUCGCGGGCGGCGCCACGAGUCCUAAACUGGAGCCGCCGCCUUCGCCACACGCCAACCGCAAGAAACACCGGCGGAAAAAGAGCACGGGCAUCACGAAGCCGGACGGCUUGUCUGCAGGCAACGAAGAACAAGAGGAUUCCUUCGAGUUCGUCAUCGUGUCGCUGACGGGGCAGACGUGGAACUUCGAGGCGUCCACGUUCGAGGAGCGGGAGCUGUGGGUCGGCGCCAUCGAGAGCCAGAUCUUCGCCAGCCUGCAGUCUUGUGAGAGCAUCAAGAACAAGUCUCGCUUAGGCAGCCAGAGCGACGCGAUGGCCAUCCAGUCCGUACGGAACGUGAGGGGCAACAGCUUCUGCGUGGACUGCGAUGCCCCCAACCCGGACUGGGCCAGCCUGAACCUGGGCGCCUUGAUGUGCAUCGAGUGCUCCGGGAUCCACAGGAACCUGGGCACCCACCUGUCUCGCGUCCGCUCCCUGGACCUGGACGACUGGCCGGUGGAGCUCAGCAUGGUGAUGACGGCCAUCGGCAACGCCAUGGCCAACAGCGUGUGGGAGGGGGCGCUGGAGGGCUACGCCAAGCCGGGCAGCGACAGCGCCAGGGAGGAGAAGGAGCGCUGGAUCCGGGCCAAGUACGAGCAGAAGCUGUUCCUGGUGGGCCUGCCCCAGUCCGACGUGCCCCUGGGGCAGCAGCUGCUGCGGGCGGUGGUGGAGGACGACCUGAGGUUGGUGGUGCUGCUGCUGGCCCACGGCACCAAGGAGGAGGUCAACGAGACCUACGGGGACGGGGACGGACGCACCGCCCUGCACCUCUCCUGCGCCAUGGCCAACGUGGUGAUCACGCAGCUGCUCAUCUGGUACGGUGUGGACGUGAAGAGCCGCGACGCCCGCGGCCAGACCACGCUGUCCUGCGCCCGGCGUGCCGGCAGCCAGGAGUGCGCCGACAUCUUGCUCCAGCACGGCUGCCCCAACGACGCGGGCAGCCUGGCGUCCGUGACCACGCCCGACAUGAGCCGCCGCAACCCCAACCCCAACGUCAACAACAACAACGCCCAGUGCGAGCUCAACCGCAGCAUCAGCAUCAUGUAGCUUCGCGUAGCCCGGGAUCCACGAGGGCGGACGCGUUGUUUAAAUGCCACCAGGCCCGAAGGAAGCGGCUGUUCAGACAUUGUACAUUGUUUGUUUUAUAUUACUGGUUUUUUUUUUGAGUUUGUUCAAUCUUGGUCUGAAAUGAUCACGAUCAGCUUUAAGCUUUUAGGUUGUUUUUUUUAAGCGCCAACCAAACAAAUGACUCGUUUUGCAUUCGUACCUCCCCUACGAAAAGCAUUUCCUUAAUGCUUGAACAUUUCCUUUUAUGUCUUCCCCCCUUUCCGCCACGCAAACUGCUUUGUAAUGAGCUUGAAAUGAGAAAUUUCCUUCGAAUUUCCCCGGCUAAGCAUAAUAACACGAAACUGUGAGGAAUAGUUGUGACAAAACACUGAUGUGGGAAAGAAACUAAAUCUCCCGCCAUCUCAAUGGCUGCUGCAGCUUUAGUAAUGAUGCAUGUCCUCAACGCCGCCAUCAAAACUCAUGACAUGCUAUUCAUAUACAAAGGCAAAGCAAUGAUAAUUGAAGAGUCCAAAUGAUUUAGAUACUUAAUUCACAGGAAAAUGGGUUCAGAUCAUCAUAAAGGACUUGAUUGCGGAAUUCCUAUCGGGGGGGAGAAGUGAGUCAUUCCCUUCGCCUCCCUGGACGCGACCCUCCCGCAGGAGUGUCUGUGACUACAAAGGAAUUAAGGGGCAUGAUGUUUUAUGACCAUCGAGCCUCUUCAAUCAAAAUUCAUUCAAACUCAGACGUUCGAUCGGAGCGGUGAAAUCGCACCAUCAGCGACGUCUUUGUUGAGGGUCAUUCUUUCCGAUUGUGUUGCUGAUUGUUGGACGUAGAUACGGGAACAGCCAUCGUCCUCCUGUGGAAGCAGCGAGAGCCUCUUUUGUCGCUGUGAAAUUCACCUGUGGUACCGCGUGUGCGUGUGCGUGUGCGUUACUGUACGUCUUCUGGUCACGCUCCUCGCAGAAAGGAUGAACGUGAAUGAGUUUCAAUGUACCGCCGUCUGUAGAAAGUAGCUGCCGCUCGCUCGCCUUCCUCCUCGCAAGACGCCGUCUCUGGCUUUCCGUUAAAACCUGUGUGUGAGCCGAAAAGAGGGCGGUUAACAAAACGCAUUCAAGUGACUGAAGUGACCACGAGAUCGCAGAAGUGGAAGUUGGCUUCUGUGUUUUAUUGAAUUGACCUUUGGUCUAAACUUGAUUUUAUUUAAACUUGGUUUACAAAGGCACGAUGUUUGUCUGCCUUACGAUCAGGAUUGUGUUUCCUGUUUUGAAGAUGUGGUGAAGGAGGAGUGUGUGUAAAUCAAUGGGACGGGGAUUUUGUAAAACAACAGAUUUGACAUUUUGGGAAAUAUGCUUUCUUCGAUGUGCUUUUGUUCGGCGCUGGUGCCGGGAGGGGAUUGAAUUAGCCUAACAAACGGUUAGCCUCGCUUAGCCUAAAGUUAGGCCGCGCUCUAACAACACGCAUUGUCAUUUGGGUUUUUUGUUCAGAUUAAACAAACAAGAAAGAACAUGUUCAUUUUUAUGCUCCGCAGGUUUUAGCUCCGGGCCUUUGUGCUAACGAAGCUAAGCUAAGCUAAUAGCCUCCGGGCUCCAGCUCCGUACGCAAAGCUCGGGCGCGGCAGAGUCCUGGACCUUCUCAUCCAUCGCUCAGCAAGAAAGCAGAAAAGCACAUUUCCCUAAAAAGUCCUGUUUCUUCCAGAUAUCAAAAAAACGACUGCAAAUUGAAUCAGAAAGCUUGAGAUUUGAUUGGCACCGACUUCUUUCAGCGUCCGAGGGGAUUAACGAUCAGUUAAAUGUGUACAGUGAAGCAUCUGCAAUGUGGAUGAAGAAGAAAACACUAGAAGACUCGGCGUGGACGCGUGAAUAUCGGCUCGGUGCGUUUAUCUGAAGACAAACGAGCUAAACGGUUUUAGGCCAACGGCUCCUUUUGACCCAUGAACCCUGUUUCCAUAUGUUGUGUUGUGUUCCUCCUUUAAGGUACUUCUCUUUGGUCUCCACACGAACCGACCAUCUCGGGUACUUGUGUAUAAUGAUGUACAUUUGACAUAUUUAUAAUGCAGUUUGUAAAUAUCUUUUUCCUUGUUUUUUUUUGUUGUUGUUGUUCAUUUUCCUAUUGUAUUUCCUUUUACGUUGACGACGUGAAACGCAGCGAGAGCUGACGAGUAACUUGUUGUAUGCUUGGAUGCUCGGCUGAUUGUUGACCUACUAAUAAACACUCAAAUAAAAAGAUGUAGUUCCCUGCGUCGAGGGGAGAUCCACA